AUGGCUUUGCUGUCGCUGCUCGCGCUGCUGCCUUCGGGCGCUGCUGCCUGGGGCGAGCGGGUGGAGGCCAAGGUCUGGCGCCCCUCAGCGGAGAACUUUGUGUUUCCGGAGCUGGAGGAGACCGGGCUCGUGGACUUCCUGGCGGGCAAGGACUUCGGGGUGGCCUUGGCCGGGGGCGGCAUGCGGGGCCUGGCGCUGGGGCAGGGCACUCUGCGGGUGCUCCGCGAGGUCGGCCUGCUUGAGAAGGCCAAGUACCUCAGCGUUACCUCAGGCUCAGUGUGGCUGGGCCUGCCGCUGUAUUACCAGACCCUGGACAGCCUGGACACUUACUUGGGCAAGACGCUGCAGCCAGAGGAAAUGCUCCCCGAAGCACUGCUGGCUGAGACCGGCACUGCCAUCUCUCGCUUGCUGUACCUCCAAGAGUACCCCAAGGGCCAUGGGCCGAAGGAGAGGAGGCUGAGCAACCAGAGCCGCAGUUUCUUCGACUGCCCCGCGGAUGAAGGCUGGUGCGCGUGCAUGGUGGAGCGCUUCCAACCGGGCAGUGCCUACAGCCUCUAUCCCCUCUUCAUAGCCUACAUCUUUCUGCAUCCCUUCGAGCUGGCUGGGCAUGGAUCUACCCACUGCCACGAAACCCAGCUGGACCGCUUGAAGGCUAAGCUGGGCAGUUCCAGGACCAUCUACACUGCCAAGGACCAGUCGCAGAAGCUGCCCUUCCUCCUCUCCCAGUCAGCGGUGCUUGCCCCGUACAGCGGCCUCGAGCCCAAGGACCCUUUGGAGUUCUUUCCCCUGGAGCAAACUCCGCUGUACAUGGGCACCGUGCCAACAUCUCACAGCAGCGCCGGCAUGCAUGCGGUGGGGGACGUCUUGGUGGAGCCUUUUGCGUGGGAUUCCACGAUUCGGAGUCCCUGGCAGAACCAAAGCGGUCAGGAGCAGUCGAUCGAGGUGUCCAGAGCUCUGCUCAACGUGGGGGACUUGGCGCUGUGGGCCGGAACGGCCACCGCCUACAUCGCGGACUUCCAGGUGCGCCCCUGGGCGGACAAGCUCCCUCGAUGCAUCAUCGCGGAGGGUGAGAAGGUGCUGCCACACGCGCGGCUAUGGUCGCCCUCGGAGCUAGAUGCUGACUCUGUGCCACUGACGCAUGAGGAGGCAGUCGGCGAUGCCGGGGUCUAUGACGAUCUUGGUCACAUCCCACUGCUGAGGAGGAAUAUCUCGAAGAUCGCCCUCUUCACCAGCGGUGCCAUCCACGGAGAUCUCUGCGAGAUGACGUACGUCUUGGCUGCCUUUGGCCAGCCCGGCUGCUUGACCCCGCCCAACCCGCCUGGCGCGUCCAACCCCAAGAUGAAGGCCGGAGCCUUGACGGUGUUUGAGCCCUCGGAGUUCGCACCGUUUUGGGCACAGAUCGAGGAAGCCUUCCAUGCCAACGAGUCGGCGGUCAUCCGCGGACGUUACACGGUGGUGGAGAACAAGCAGUUGGGCAUCCGAGGCGGCUGGAAGGUGGACAUGGUGUGGACCAUCUUCCUCCCCUCCAAGACCUUCAGAGGGAGCCUCCCUUCGAAGUCCAACGAGAUGCUGCCCUGGUGGUUCCCCAACGACCUCGCCUCAGAGAUGACCAGCAAGCUGGAGAUGAGCGCUGCGAGCCAAUUUGCGGCCUGGCUGGCGCACAGGUCCGUCGUCAAGGAGAUCAAGGAGAUGCUAGCCGCGAGCUCACUGCUCGCAGAGACGGCCUUGGUCAUUUGA